AUUAAAUAUAUAUUACUCGCAUGCAUGCAUAUAUAUACACAUCGCCAUUGUAAACUCCGCCUCAUCUUCAUUUUAAAAGUAUCUCCUUAAGCUCCAGUUUCCACUGACACUAUACUCCUCGUCUCCUACACUAUUUUUCCUUUCUUCGUCUCUUAUAUUAUUACUUCCAGGUCUCAAAACGAUGUCGGUUUUCGAAUCAGAGACUUCGAACUUCCACGUUUUCAACCCCGAACUCCAAACGCAACCGCAAACGUAUAUGCAAGAAACCGCGGGAGAGGAGAACGCACCGGUAGGCAGACAAAACUCCAUCUUGUCGCUGACUCUUGAUGAGAUUCAGAUGAAAAGCGGCAAAAGCUUCGGAGCAAUGAACAUGGACGAGUUCCUCGCGAACUUAUGGACGACCGUCGAGGAAAACGACAACCCUGGAGGUGGGGCCCAACACGACGGAGAGAAGCCGACGGUAUUGCCACGUCAAGGGUCGUUGUCAGUCCCCGUUCCUUUGUGCAAGAAAACGGUGGACGAGGUUUGGUUCGAGAUACAAAACGGUGUACAACAACAACCGCCGUCAUCAACUUCCGGUCAACACUCCGAAGAAGAUAUCCGCCGGCAGCAAACCCUCGGUGAAAUUACGUUAGAGGAUUUUCUUGUUAAAGCCGGAGUUGUACAAGAACCAAUGAAGACGACGAUGACGAUGGCUAGUUCUGAUUUCGGCUAUAACCCGGAGUUUGGGGUUGGUUUACAUUGUCAAAACCAACACAAUUUUAGUGAUAACCGGUCGGUUUAUAGUGAAAACCGGCCGUUUUAUUCGGUUUUGGGGGAAUCCUCAAGCUGUAUGACCGGAAAUGGGAGGAGUAAUCAGUAUUCAACCGGUUUAGAUGCUUUUCGGAUCAAGAAACGGAUAAUUGACGGUCCACCAGAAAUUUUGAUGGAGCGGAGACAGCGGCGGAUGAUUAAAAAUCGAGAAUCUGCAGCUCGGUCUCGAGCCCGGAGACAGGCGUAUACUGUGGAAUUGGAGUUAGAGUUGAACCAACUCACGGAAGAAAACAUGAAGCUGAAGACAAUUGUGGAGGAAAACGAGAAGAAAAGAAGGCGAGAGGUGAUGAACAGAAGUACACAGAUUACUAAAGAGAAGAACGGCGACAAAUUGAGGAGAAUUCGUAGGAUGUCUAGUGCCGGGUGGUAGAUGAGAGUUUAUGUAAUUACAUAUAAUAUAGAUCACUCCCAUCUAUACACAUAUUUAUAUAUAUCUUAUUUUAAGACAAACGCGGAUUUUGUAUAUAGGAUCAUCUAUUUUGUCGUCA